AUGGCUGUGAAUCCAAGCGACAGGGAAAGGGCAGACGGAGCCGAGUUUGCUUUACAUAAGGCUAUAGAAAUGGCUGUGAAUCCAAGCGACAGGGAAACGGCAGACGGAGCCGAGUUUGCUUUACAUAAGGCUAUAGAAAUGGCUGUGAAUCCAAGUGACAGGGAAAGGGCAGACGGAGCCGAGUUUGCUUUACAUAAGGCUAUAGAGAUGGCUGUGAAUCCAAGCGACAGGGAAAGGGCAGACGGAGCCGAGUUUGCUUUACAUAAGGCUAUAGAGAUGGCUGUGAAUCCAAGCGACAGGGAAAGGGCAGACGGAGCCGAGUUUGCUUUACAUAAGGCUAUAGAGAUGGCUGUGAAUCCAAGCGACAGGGAAAGGGCAGACGGAGCCGAGUUUGCUUUACAUAAGGCUAUAGAGAUGGCUGUGAAUCCAAGCGACAGGGAAAGGGCAGACGGAGCCGAGUUUGCUUUACAUAAGGCUAUAGAAAUGGCUGUGAAUCCAAGCGACAGGGAAAGGGCAGACGGAGCCGAGUUUGCUUUACAUAAGGCUAUAGAGAUGGCUGUGAAUCCAAGCGACAGGGAAAGGGCAGACCGAGCCGAGUUUGCUUUACAUAAGGCUAUAGAGAUGGCUGUGAAUAAAAGCGACAGGGAAAUGGCAGACGGAGCCGAGUUUGCUUUACAUAAGGCUAUAGAAAUGGCUGUGAAUCCAAGCGACAGGGAAAGGGCAGACGGAGCCGAGUUUGCUUUACAUAAGGCUAUAGAGAUGGCUGUGAAUCCAAGCGACAGGGAAAGGGCAGACGGAGCCGAGUUUGCUUUACAUAAGGCUAUAGAAAUGGCUGUGAAUCCAAGCGACAGGGAAGGGCAGACGGAGCCGAGUUUGCUUUACAUAAGGCUAUAG